AUGACCAAAGGCGAUUAUAUCACCUCCCUCCAAGCCCGAGCAGCCAGCCGACAGGUUCAGACUGUUCUCCGACGCCCCGCCGAGUCUUGUAGACUGACUCCAAGCCUCAACCACCCUGCCGACUGGUCGACGAGGUCAGUAGAUCAAGUCAAGUUCUCUUAUGCCCCUUUGCAGCUCCAUCGAUGCAAAGGGGCCUGUUCCCUGCUUUCUGACGACCAGCCAAGUGUUAUAGCCUCCCUCCAAGCCCGAGCAGCCCGCCGACAGGUUCAGACUGUUCUCCGACGCCCCGCCGAGUCUUAUAGACUGACUCCAAGCCACAAGCACCCCGCCGACUGGUCGACGAGCCUCCCUCCAAGCCCGAGCAGCCCGCCGACAGGUUCAGACUGUUCUCCGACGCCCCGCCGAGUCUUGUGGACUGACUCCAAGCCACAAGCACCCCGCCGACUGGUCGACGAGCCAAGUGUUAUAGCCUCCCUCCAAGCCCGAGCAGCCCGCCGACAGGUUCAGACUGUUCUCCGACGCCCCGCCGAGUCUUAUAGACUGACUCCAAGCCACAAGCACCCCGCCGACUGGUCGACGAGCCUCCCUCCAAGCCCGAGCAGCCCGCCGACAGGUUCAGACUGUUCUCCGACGCCCCGCCGAGUCUUGUGGACUGACUCCAAGCCACAAGCACCCCGCCGACUGGUCGACGAGCCUCCCUCCAAGCCCGAGCACCCCGCCGACACGUUCAGACUGUUCAGACUGUUCUACGACGCCCCACCGAGUCUUGUAGACUGCCUCCAAGCCACAAGCACCCGGCCGACUGGUCCACGAGACAACUAG